AUGCGCACCCAUUCAGAGAAGUCACUCCGGCUCACAGGCCUCAUCUCAAGCAACCGGCCCGAGAAUAUCAUUCGGACACUUGAAUAUCCUGACAAACAACCCGCAUUUUCGCUCUUUGCGCGCCGCAGGACCUCCACUCAGGAUGCCAUUAUCUCUCUUGCAGACCAGGGUACGCGUAAAACUGCGACUGUUACCUUUCAUUCUAAGAGCGAGAAGACAAGAUCUCUGAAUUCCCUGCAUGGGAUCGCGAAUGCAGAUGACGUUUUUGACGGAUUGACCGUCGUGCAUUCUGCUUGCCAACCAGUCGUCGAUAUUUGUGCUAUUCACGGUUUGAAUGGCAAUGCCUUCGACACUUUUACGGAAAAUACGACCAUGUGGCUUCGCGACCUUCUCCCCCGAGAAAAGGAAUUUCGUACGGCUCGCAUAAUGACGUUUGGCUAUGCGUCCCAUAUCGUAGAUCGGACAAACCGAUCCGGACUUGAACAGUGGGCAGAUUCUCUCUUACAUAGCCUUGUGCGAACUCGCUCAUCCCUGGAGGAACGAGACAGGCCAAUGAUAUUCAUCUGCCACUCCCUGGGAGGGUUGGUGGCACGAGAGGCCAUGAUCAGACUGCAGGGCAAUUCGCAAUUCGAUGAUGUUAUAGAUAUCUACAAAUGCGGCAUAAUGUUUCUGGCAACACCCCAUUCGGGGACCUCCUUGGCAGACUGGAAUAAGUUGCUGAAGUUGUCUGUGCAGGCAGUUGGGGUCAGGAAGGACUUACUUAAUAUACUCAGCACAUCCGAUGAGCAAGCGGAGCAAAAAAGGACAGCCUUCAUGCAGUUGCCCGUGACAUUCUGUUGCAUGCAUGAGACGCGUAAAACGAGCAUUGGGUUUUUACAAAAAAGCAUUAUUGUCUCCAAGGAGUCUGCUGGGCUUCCCGACCACGAAGCCAUUCCGGUUGAGAACACAGAUCAUCAUACGAUCUGUCGAUGCAAAAACGCCAAUUCCCCGUCCUACAGACUGAUUAUCCGAGAGUUGAGAUCUCUUAAAGACAAAUUGUGUUCUGACAGCCCUGAAAGAUAA